AAGGGAGGAACAAACUUGAUGGGCGCCUUAGAUGAGCACACCUCAUGGUGACAGACGAUAGGUGGAUUGGUUUACAGUGGGAAUGGAGUUGCAAUUUUCGCACAUAUUUCUCGAUAUAGAAAUAGGGAGCGGCGUCCCUCACUCCCUGACUCUCUUACGCCUCUGUAAGGACACAAACAUACCUUCCCUAGCUUCCGUAAAAAAACAUGGCUGCAAGGGAAUGACCACUCGAGUAUAAAAGUCCUCAUCUAUUGCCUGAAAACUCUGCCUCCACAACACACCCUCUGUUUGGUUUUUGGUGUUAAGUCGAUGCUGUCCAAGACAUUUGAACCUAAUCUUUUAUUAGCCAAUUUUGUCUUUCCCCAGAUUCUAAUUUUCCGCCAUCAUGGCCUUGACUUUCAUCGGCUUGCCUUCCGAACUAUUGGACAAAAUUAUCGAGCAUUCCAUGCCAGAAGGCUUCGAAAGCUUGGCAGUGACUUGCAAGCUAAUAUACGCACAUUGCAUUCGAUUCAUCCCGCACCACAACCAUCUCCGCUUGAGCUUCCGAGUGUUUGAAUAUAGUAUAGAUGAACCCCCCUGCCCGCCCAGGGAAAACCAUAACUACUUUGCGUUUGAGCUCCUUAAUCGCAUCGCAGCUGAGCCUAGAGUCGCGCGCUACAUCAUAGAGGCAUCGUUUUGCGAUGACAGCGUUCCCGAUUUCUACCCGACAUCCUUUUCACCAGUCAUUGACGAUGGCAGCCCGCUGGUUGCACUGUUUGCCAAUUCUUCUUACCUAGCAAGAGCAGGCCUGGACUGGAAAGAGUACUAUGCUCUAGUCAAACAGGAAGUACAACGACCCGGCUACUCCCAGCAUGCAGCUGCUUUUGUUUUGACGCUGCUGCCGAAUGUCACAUCUCUCGUCCUACCACAACAAUGGAAGCCAUCAGACAAAACCGAUAGACUUCUUGAGGUUAUUGUUCGCGAAGCGAGGCAGCCUAAAUCCAUAUGGAACGAGCCCAGCCUCGCCAAACUCACCGGUUUCGAACCUAACUUAGGUGAUCUUAACGAAGUGGUUCCAUUUCUAGCCCUACCACAUGUACGGCGCUUCUUCUCCGUACUGGGGUCGAAUUGUUCUAUGACGCUGGCGUCCAAAAAUCAAUAUAUUGGUUGGGGGGAAAUGCUUGAGUCGGUCAGCUUUAAAUUUGCCGAUCUUGAACUAAAGUACGUUUCUGAGUUCUUUACGAAUACACCACGUCUGAAGGAACUCCAUUUAUUUUUUACCGGGAGUCUGCCUGAGACUGAGGACUUCUGUGGGCUUGUCGCGGUAAUCGAGAGCAAAGUCGGAAAUCAGCUGGAAGAGCUGUACUUCUAUGGGUUGGAGCGGGACGGAUUUAAGCCCGGUCAAGCCUCAUUGCAUGGCUUCCAGCGACUGCUAACACUUCGAUGUCCCCUCAAGCUCGCAAUAAGUCGUACCAACAAGGCUUUACCUCGACCGCUCAAAGACACCGACAGUCUCAAGGGUUCUGAAUCGGAAGUGAUUGAACCCUCAAUUAGCGAUCUUAUACCUGAUUCAGUUACUACUCUAUCGCUGCUAACAGACAACGAAGAACAUUACCGGAUGGCCCUCGAUAUACUAUUCAGCGAUGUGGUUGUCAAGGAGGGCUCGAAACUACCUUUUCUAAAGAAGAUAAGCAUAUAUUUUCGAUGGGACGGUUCGGUAGAUGUAGAAGAGGCGAAGAGGCUAGAGGCGAAAGCCUUAGAGGCGGGCGUACUGCUGCAUUUACAUCAUUUCAACCCAUCCGGAUUGCCUUACAAUAUUGAAUAUGGAAACUUUUGAUAGCAUCUAGGAUAUAGGUGGGCCUUAUAACCCCCACAGUGCAUAUUAGGGAUAGUUACGGAUUAUGGGAUCAUGUGGCAUUGUGUACCUAUAUACCCUGGGU